CGAAAGGGUGUGCGUUUUGAAGGUUGUAUGGAGCUAAACACCACCGCAGACAGGAGCACUCGCCUCCUGCCUUCACAUCAACCCGGGACGAGCCUCUGUAGCAGAGGCGGAGCACACCCCAAGUCUUCCCCCGCUCUCCCUUAUCCUCCCUCUGGGCUGAGCCCCCGACCAAGGUCCUUGUCAUCCUGGGGAACACGGGUGGAAAAGCCGGACGCUAUUACGCGGACAUUGAUAUCAAAAAGUUGAAAGAGACAUAGGUGCGCACGGGCAAAAUGCAAUGUGGCAGCAGUGUGGCUUCUUCUCUUCAAGGUCAGUAUCCGAGCACCGCCGCCGCCUCACGGACGCGUUUCUUCUCGGGCAGUCGGAGGGAAGAAGAAGAAGAAGAAGAAGAGGAGGCGUGGAUGGGAUGCCGCUGUCUCUCGCUUGCCUCCAGCAUCAACGACAUCUGUCUCCAAGGAGGACAUUGAUAAGUCACUGACACUGGAACGUGUGAAACAACGUUGUAAAGUCACUGACACUGGAACGUGUGAAACAACGUUGUAAAAACAGCACAGUUGUCUGUCCAAUAACUCUUUCAAGCAUCUUGGCGUUUCCUGCUUUCUCUCAACGGCCUGCGUCGCCGGGACUGUUUACCUGGCUGUCGGUGAAGCGGGCUAACUAACGCUAACGUAACAUUACAAAGUUGUAUUCAACUUCCUCGAACUCGCUUGGCUUACAAGCUGACUUUUAGUGUCUCAUUUCUCCUUUUUUUUUUGUGUGUGUGUCGUUUCUUCGACACCAUGCCUUCGAGGACAGGUUCACACACUCUUCCCGGUAUGGGGAAGAGUCUACCGGAGCGGGGGCUGCUCCUGCUGGUUGUUUUGGUGUUGCUUCCCCUCGGAGCGGCCAGCUCCCCGAAUACCAACCAACCGGGAAAUGUGGACAACCACAAAGUGGCGGUGCAAAGCUAUAACUAUACUAAAAAGGCUUUCCCUGUGCUCAGCCUCGACUACCAUCACGUAUCCACUCCCUUUGAAAUCUCGCUAUGGGUGCUGCUGGCCUCGUUGAUGAAACUAGGGUUCCACCUGAUUCCUCGUCUGUCCGGUAUUGUGCCGGAGAGCUGCCUGCUGAUCGUGGUGGGUCUGAUCGUGGGGGGGCUCAUCAAACUAGCCGGAGAAGAGGUCCCCCCAGUGCUGGACUCCAACUCGUUCUUCCUCUGCCUGCUGCCGCCCAUCAUCCUGGAUGCCGGCUACUUCCUGCCCAUCCGUCCCUUCAUGGAGAACCUGGGCACCAUCCUGAUGUUCGCCGUCGUGGGGACCUUGUGGAACGCCUUCUUCGUCGGAGGUGUGCUGUACGCCGUGUGCCAGAUCCAGCCUGGCAAUCCGUCCGUCCUCAACUCGAUAGAGCUCCUGCCCUGUCUGCUGUUCGGCUCCAUCAUCUCCGCUGUGGAUCCCGUCGCUGUGCUCGCCGUGUUUGAGGAGAUCCACAUCAACGAACUGUUGCACAUCCUGGUGUUCGGUGAAUCACUGCUCAACGACGCCGUCACUGUGGUGUUAUACCACCUGUUUGAGGAGUACACGGGUGCCGGCACCGUGACGCUAUUGGACUGUUUCCUUGGAGUCGUCUCCUUCCUGGUGGUCUCGUUGGGGGGCGUUCUAGUGGGAGCUAUCUAUGGGUUCCUGACCGCCUUCACCUCACGCUUCACCUCCCACACGCGUGUCAUAGAGCCACUGUUUGUCUUUGUGUACAGCUACAUGGCCUACCUGUCAGCUGAGAUGUUCCACCUCUCUGGCAUCAUGGCGUUAAUAUCUUGCGGAGCGGUGAUGCGGCCCUAUGUGGAGGCCAACAUAUCCCACAAGUCCCACACCACCAUCAAGUACUUCCUGAAAAUGUGGAGCAGCGUCAGCGAGACACUAAUCUUCAUCUUUCUGGGUGUGGCCACGGUGGACGGAAAUCACUCCUGGAACUGGACCUUUGUCACCGUCACCAUCAUUCUGUGUCUGGUGUCACGGGUCAUAGGUGUGGUGGGUCUGACCUACGUGAUCAACAAGUUCCGCAUCGUCAAGCUGACGACCAAGGACCAGUUCAUUGUGGCCUACGGUGGCCUGCGAGGCGCCAUCGCCUUCUCUCUUGGCUUCCUGCUUAAGGAGGAGCUAUUUCCCAUGAGAGAGAUGUUCCUUACUGCCAUCAUCACCGAAAUCUUCUUCACGGUCUUUGUUCAGGGCAUGACCAUCAAGCCCCUUGUGGAGCUUCUGGCAGUGAAGAAGAAACAGGAGGCCAAGCGGACGAUUAAUGAAGAAAUCCACACCCAGUUCCUUGACCACCUACUAACUGGAAUCGAGGACAUUUGUGGACACUAUGGACACCAUCACUGGAAGGACAAACUGAACCGCUUCAACAAGAAGUACGUGAAGAAGUGCCUGAUUGCCGGCGAACGCUCCAGAGAGCCACAGCUCAUCGCCUUCUACCACAAGAUGGAGAUGAAACAGGCCAUUGAGCUGGUGGAGAGCGGAGGGGGAGUCAAGCUGCCAGCUUCUAUACCUUCAACCGUUUCCAUGCAGAACAUCCAGCCCAAGAAGCCUCCUCCUGCCAAGCCCGCAGAGAAAGCUCUGUCCCAGCUGCCUAAAGGCCGAGAGGAGGAGAUCAGGAAGAUCCUGAGGAGUAACCUGCAGAGGACACGGCAGCGGCUGCGCUCCUACAACAGACAUACUCUGGUGGCGGAUCCGUACGAGGAUGGCUUCGGUGAAUUCGUUAUCAAGACGCAAAAGAUGAUUGAGCUGGAGAAGAAGAUAAAAGACAUGAAUAACUACCUGACGGUGCCCGCUGCUCCGCCUGACUCCCCGACCAUGUGUAGAGCCAGACUGGCCUCAGGCAGAGGCACUGAUUUCAAACCUGCUCAGCAGCAGAAAGGAAACAAAAGCAGUCCAGACCCACAAGCCUACAGCAUGAAGCCGGAGUCGGGCGGCGUGCCGACCAUCCAGGUAGACCUGGCCUCUCCACAGUCUCCGGACUCCGUCAACCUGAUGGAUGAGUUCAGCAAGCAGCAGCAGCAGAAGAAGAAGAAGCAGCAGCAGGAGGAGGAGGACCAGGGCCUGAUGAUGAAGCCGAGUGGAGCCAACAAGCCGGGCGAGGCGGACGGAGGCCGAGAUCAGCAGAAGCGGACGAGGUGCCUGAGCGACCCCGGCCCCAGCGCAGACGACGAGGAGGAGGACGAACCCUUCCUGCCUUGACACAGCAGACCGGAUAGGGAGGGGUCGGGCUGCGUGGCCGCCCUCACUCAGUAGAGAUAGCGCUGCCUCACUGCUCCGCCCUAAGUUAUCUCUUUGGUUCAGACACCAAACAAGCCAAAACUGCUAUUGCUGUAACCACAAACGGAGAUCGUCUGAGCAGAAAUAUAAGAGCCAUUCGUUUUUAAUCAUCAUCGCUCUGUAUUCUUUUAGACGGGAUCGGAACAGCUGCAAUCUGAGAGAUGGUGGAGUUUUGUGGUUGAUAGUCAUUCAGACAUUCAGGAAAGAACUAUGCAUUACCAAAGGUCUGGACUGUUUUAGUGUCAGACAAUAUCAUUGUUACUUGUCAGACUGUUUUCCUCUUUUAAUGACUGUCUUUAAAGCUACCUUUGAGACAUGCUGGGCCUCUAGUCCUAAAUUUAAUCAACAAAGCAAUCUUGUUUCUCUUUCGAACAUGGUACUUGUGUUUACGGUGCUUGUUUUAAUCCAAUAUCUCACUGACACUGUUCGCUGGAUAUUCAAACAUUUAGUGUUAUAAUAUU